UGAUGAAUUUCAUUUUUCAGUUCGUGCAAAUUGAAGCCAUCAUCAGUUCGGUUCUCGAUGUAUACCCGAGGUUGAGGACUCACAAACGUUGGAUUACACUAGGAACGUGUUUUGCCAUGUUUUUACUUUCGAUCUCCUGCACGACACAUGGCGGAAUGUAUUUGCUGCAACUGAUGGAUUGGUAUUCGGCCGCGAUCUCGGUGAUUUUGGUGUGCAUCGUAGAGGUGGUGGCCGUUUCUUGGAUUUACGGCGUACGAAACUAUGUUCGCGACAUCGAGUUCAUGAUCGGCAGAUCGAUCGAGCGAUACUGGGUUGUGUCGUGGAAAAUUGUCACUCCGUUGGUUCUGACGUUUAUAUUUUUUACAACUAUUGUCUACAACACGGAAGUGACCUACAAUGGUGUGCGAUACCCAAGGUGGGCGAUCAUUCUAGGCUGGGCUAGCUGUUUCGCUUCGAUGAUUUGUAUUCCGGGAUAUGCUAUCUACGAGCUGGCUCGGACCAGAGGGACGAUCACAGAGAGAGUUCGGAAAAGCCUAACGGCUAACGACUGGGGACCUGCAGAUAUAUUGCAGCGAACGCUCUGGAAGAGCCAUGUGGAGAUAAGCUAUCAAAUGUAGGGCUUAAAAGUAACAAAAUCGAUACGAAUGCUUCAACAUUUUAUAUUCCAAAUCUCAAUCCAAUC